AACAUACGUACAAAAAAUCAAUUGGCUCUCUAUCCUAAAAAAAAAGAGAGUUGGAUCCCUCUCUUUCCCAUUUGUCUAGCUUGGACGGUAGUUGGUAAAUCUCAAAACCCAUUUGAGCCCUUCAAAAACCAUUCAUCUACAUUCAUAUUCUUAACUUCCAAACAUCUCAUUUUAUAGAAGAUCAAAGACCAAAAAGUUGUACCUUAGAAGUGAAGAAGAAGAAGACCAAAGCAAUUAAAAGGAUUGUUGUUUAAGAAUGGCAGUCAAGAAAAGCACAUGGAGAUCUUUGGUCACGAGUUGUUACACAGCCGAUUGCGCGCCCACGAAGCCGAAGAAAGUGGUAACAAAAACGUCGUCGUUUCAGAGACUUUCGAUGUCGGAUUUGAGUAAUCCCAGCUCGACACUUUCGGAAGAUCUCUCCAUAUCUCUUGCCGGUUCUAAUCUCCACGUGUUCACAUAUGCCGAGCUAAAGGUCAUAACGCAAAGUUUCUCGUCUAGUAACUUUAUCGGCGAAGGUGGGUUCGGCCCCGUCCAUAAGGGGUUCGUCGACGACAAGAUUAGGCCCGGUUUGAAGGCCCAGCCGGUGGCGGUCAAGAACUUGGACUUGGAUGGAACUCAAGGCCACAGGGAGUGGUUGACUGAGGUGAUUUUCCUGGGCCAAUUAAGACAUCCACAUCUUGUGAAGCUUAUUGGGUAUUGCUGUGAAGAAGAACAUAGACUACUCGUGUAUGAGUACAUGCCAAGAGGCAGCUUAGAAAAUCAAUUAUUCAGAAGAUAUACUGUUUCUCUACCAUGGUCAACGCGGAUGAAAAUCGCGCUUGGAGCUGCAAAGGGUGUUGCUUUCCUACACGAAGCUGAAAAAUCAGUCAUAUAUCGUGACUUUAAGGCUUCAAACAUCCUUCUAGACUCGGAUUACACUCCAAAGCUCUCUGAUUUUGGGCUCGCAAAAGAUGGUCCCGAAGGUGAUGACACACACGUGUCAACUCGAGUUAUGGGCACUCAGGGUUACGCUGCUCCUGAAUAUAUCAUGACAGGUCACUUGACAGCAAUGAGCGAUGUUUAUAGUUUUGGCGUGGUACUGUUGGAGCUUAUCUCAGGGAGAAAGUCCUUGGACAAGAGCCGGCCGAAUAGAGAGCAUAAUUUGGUUGAUUGGGCCAGGCCCAUGUUGACCGACCCGAGAAAGCUUAGCCGGGUAAUGGACCCAAGACUGGAAGGGUUGUACUCCGAAGCUGGAGCAAAAAAAGCCGCCGCAUUGGCUUACCAAUGUCUGAGCCACCGGCCCAAACAUCGGCCCACGAUGAGCAGUGUCGUCCAAACUCUGGGACCACUGACGGACUUCGACGACGUAUCGGCGCCUUUUGAGUAUACUUUUCCAUCCGAGAGUAAAAUUGAAGAUGGUAAAGAGAAUGAAGAAAAGAAAGAAUUAAAGAAGGAGAAUGGGCAAGGUCACCAUCAAAAUCACCCGCUUCACCAUGGCCACAACAGGCAUCGUAUAAGGUCCCCAAAGUCUCCAAAUUUUUACUCUUCGGAAAAUGGGGUGAGACAGUACCAUAGAAGUGGUUUGAACUCUCCUUUACACGGCCACCAUACAGCAAACGGGACUGUUUAGAGUAUUGUGAUUAGAUCAUACAGUGACAGAUACUGUAAAUAGAGAUAUCUUUAUAUAUAUAUAUGUAUAUUUAUUACUGGCGAUGAAGUGUAAAUCUGAAUUAGCUCUUCAGAUUGUGAAGCAAUUUUUCUUUCUUUUUUAUUUAUUUUUUGAGAUAAAUACUAUUGAAUUGUUUAUGGAAAA